AUGGAUCUAACUACCCUGUACUGGAACACUAGCAACACAACACUCAAUUCAAGUUACUACACUAAUCAUUUAUCCUGUUUCACCACAUUGAAUUUUCUUACUGUCAUCAUUGCCGUGGUUGGCCUGGCAGGAAAUGCCAUAGUGCUAUGGCUUCUAGCCUUCCACCUGCAUAGAAAUGCCUUCUCUGUGUAUGUCCUCAACCUGGCUGGUGCUGAUUUCUUGCAACUUUGCAUGCAGAUUGUAAAUUCCCUGCAGUGUUUCCUUCACAUAAAUGUGAUCUUAGAUAACUUUUUCUUCAUUGUAUUUAUGAUUGCUUACCUUGCAGGUUUGUGUAUGAUUGCAGCCAUCAGUGCUGAGCACUGCCUAUCUGAUAUGUGGCCCAUCUGGUAUCACUGCCAAAGACCAAGACACACAUCAGCCAUCAUGUGUGCUCUGAUCUGGAUUUUCUCUCUACUGUUGAGCCUCCUGGUAGGGCUAGGCUGUGGCAUUCUGUUCAGUUAUGAAUUUUAUUUCUGUAUUACAUGUCACUAUUUCACUACUUCAUUGAUAAUAGUAUUAUCUGUGGUUCCUUCUGUGUCCAGCCUGUCCCUGUUUGUCAAGAUGAUCUGUGCAUCACACAGGAUUCCUGUGACCCGGUUCUAUGUGACCAUUGCUCUCAAAUUGAUGGUCUUCAUAUUCUUUGGUCUGCCCAUUGGGAUGUACAUGUUCCUCUUGCCAAUGUUUAAGGAAUUUCAAAAUAUAGAUUCUUACGAUGUUGCAAAAGUGAUAAUAUUCCUGUCCUGUGUUAACAACUGUGCCAACCCCGUCAUUUACUUUCUUAUGGGCUCUGUUAGGCACCGCAGUUUGCAAUGUCAGAAUUUGAAGCAACUUCUGCAGAGAGCCUUGAAGGACACUCUUGAGGAAGAGAAUUGA